AUGGCAAUGAUUUAUCGUUUCGAUGAUGUUUCACAAGAAUAUCCAACAUAUAAAGAUAAACCAGGAUUAUGGGAAACAACAUUAUUAUAUUCAGCUAGAAGUAAUCAUUUAGAUAUUGUUCAAUAUUUGAUUUGUGAAGCACAUUGCUUCGUUAAUGCUCAAAAUCAACGUGCUGCUAGUUUUGCAUUAAAUAUUUCUGCUACUGAUUAUACUCUACGGCCAACAGCAGCUUCAACAGCUCUUCAUGGAGCUUGUUAUAAUAAUCAUUUGAAUAUUGUAAAAUAUUUAGUUGAACAUGGUGCUGAUUAUUUCAUUCGAAAUCAAGCUCAUGAAACUCCCAUAAUGAAUGGAGAACAAUAUCCUGAUAUAAAAAAAUUCUUUCAAGAAUAUCUUAUUCUCAGCUAUUCUGUAGAUAGGGGUGUGGGUGUGAGUGUGAUAGAAAAGAAGAGGCACACUCAAAACCACACCCUCACCCUCAUCCACCCACACCCCACACUUCACACCCACACCCUUUUUUUCUCCUUUAGAACAAGAUAAUGAAAUAAGCCAAAUUGUAGAGCGAAAAAAAGAUCUACAAAACUAAGUAAGACAAUAAUUGCUAUCAUAUUCUGAUAACGACUAACAAAGGACUAUUUUCAUAUGAUAGAAUAAUAUUGUUGCGUAUGAAUAUUUGAUAAUACCCCCUCGACAUUUCAUGUAGAAAAAAUCCCUGAAAUUGAAUAGGAAGCAAUUUGAUUUAUAUACCAUUAUAUGUAACUUUUCGAACUCUACAAAACUUUGUAUUUGGUUUUUCCAAAUGAGUAACUCAGUAAAAACCGGCAGGGUCCUUUUUGAAAAAAAAGAGGUACCAAAUAAAAGCUUUUGUCGCAUAUGAAAGAGCAAAUGACGAGCUAUUUUCCCAUCUAUUUAUCUCAAUUUGGAUGAUUCUCGCGAAAUGUGACAUUUUUGAAGGAGGGGAGGAAAAGCCUUAACACUAAAGCAGACACAUCUUCUCAUAAUUAGAAAUACUCUUGUUGUCAUUAAAACAUUCCUCACACUUUUCUCUUCAUAGUCUAAAACGAUAAAGCAAGUUUGUUUUUCUCCAAUCUGGUUUUGAAGACACCCAAAAUAUGAAUCAAAGUUUCAUUGAUAGGUUUCUUAUCUUCAAUAUAUAUUUUGAUAAGAAAUUUGGUUGCUAAAAUCAAAGAUAUAACACUUAAAGGAGAUAUUUCUUUUAUGAUUAUGUUUUACUUUUAAUCACAACAAUCUAAUAUCAUAAACAGAAAACAUUACGAUAACCAAAUUUCUACAGUUUCUCCUGUGUUAUUGAAAGCAACUUUGUUUUCAUUAAUAAUAUUAUCAGGAAAUAUUUGACGACGUUUUGCAAUUAGAUAAUCACAUGAAAAAGGAUCAUCCAGUAAUGUAGCUUGAUCAUAAUUAAUUUUUACAUAAGACAAAUCUUUCAAAUGACAAAGCAAUAUAUCAAUAACAGAUACGCAAUAAUCGAAUGAAAAUACUGUAAGUUCAAUAUUAUUCAAUGAUGGAAAACGUUCAACAAUUUUUGAUGCAGAACUUGGGGGAAAAUAAACGCUAUUUUUUAUUAAUUCAAUCUUUUUUAUUCGUUUAAAAACUGGGAAAAGAGAUCGAUUAUCAAUUAUUUUUGAUAAACUCAAUAAUUGAGUGCUUAUUGAAAGAUCGAUUACAUUUUGACAUGCUCUAAAACAAAAAUAAACAGUAUAUAAUGCUACAAUUUUCAGAUAGUCUUGGUUUCGACAAUAAUACAACACAAAUCUUUCUAUGCAAAUGUAAAAAAAGACUUACUGUAGAAUAAGUUGAACAUCCAUCCAUCAAGAUAUGUGACUCAUUUUUAGAAAUUUUAUCUGAGUUAUUUCAUGUAGAUCAACAAAAUGUUUAAGAUACGGAAUAAUUUUUAGUGUAUCCUUAUCAUCAUUUACGACACCAUAAUUUGCUACAACAAUAAAAAUACUUUUCAAAAAAAUUCUCGUAUGAAAAAUUCAUCUAUCUCAUAUAAAAUAAAAAUCAAACAUUAUUAGGGAUGCAACAGUGACGAUAACCGUAGGUACGGUUAUCGUAGAUGGACCGAUAACCGCAGGUACGGUUACCGAUCUAUGUACGGUAACCGUACCUACGGUUACCGUAGUCGGACCGGUAACCGUAGGUACGGUUACCGUACAUGGACCGGUAACCGUACCUACGGUUACCGUACAUAGACCGGUAACCGUACCUACGGUUACCGUAGUUAGACCGGUGAAACGGUGACGGUAUACCGAUGAAUGAUCGUCACCGUUGCAUCCCUAAACAUUAUUCUUACCAAUAUUCAAUAAAUUAUUCCACCAUGAUGCAGAUAUUAUCGGCAUUUCUAUAGCAAGACUUUUAACUUGUUGAAAUAAAGGAGAAGACCAAGUAAUAGUUGCUUGUUGAUCUGUCAAAUAUAAACAUAAAUCUUCUAUAAAUGAAUAAAAAAGAUGCUGAUCAUUUUUUAUUGAUGUCGAUUGCACUUGAAAUGUUUCACAAUUAAUAAUAGGAAUAGUUGUAUUUGUUGUGCAACUGUUUUGAUGAUAAUUAAAUGUAUGUAAAAUGAGAUGUUCUCCUAAAAGCAAAAAAUAAUUAUUUGUUUCUCAAAUAACCAACAAAUUUAUUUUUUCAAAUAUUCAUUUGUUAAUUCAAUUAAAUAUCGAUCUCACACUUCUCUUUCGCUCCCAAUAGUAUUAAUUUUCUAAUCACUAUUCAAUUUAUUUUGUCUACCUCCUAUUUCUUUAUGAUAUUUCCAAUGAGUAAUAAUCAUAUUCCAAUUAGGAUAUUUUCCAACAAAAUAUUCAAAUGAAUUGACAAUCACGUCUAAAGGGUGUGGGUGUGGGGUGUGGGUGGGUGUGGGUGUGGGUGUGGAUGGGUGUAGGUGUGGGUGGGUGUGGGUGUGGGCGGGUGUGGGUGUGGGCGGGUGUGGAUGUGGGGUGGGUGUGGAUGUGGGUGUGGGUGUCGGUGUGGCUGUGGGGCGUGGCUGUGGCUGUGGGUGUGGGUGUGGAUGGAUGUGGGUGUGGCUGUGGGCGUGGGUGUCAGGAUGUGGGUGGGGUGUGGGUAUUGCCUUAUUUUCACACGCACACGCACACCCACUCACACCCACACACCCACACCCACCCCACAUACACCCACACCCACCCACAUCCACACCCACCCACACCCACACCCCACACCAUUCAAAUUAAAGCACAUCGAAAACUCGAGAUAAGAAUUCAGAUUGUAUCAAGUCCAAAACGAUCGGAUUUCAAUGAAUGUUUAAACAAAAAAUCAUAAAUUGUUACUUGAUUUUCCAAUUUUUUUUUCUCCACACAAAUCUUGAUUGCAGUUAUUUUUUGUGAAUCAAAAAUUCUUUUUACUAUUUUGAAUAUAUACAAAAAUAUCAAUAGUUGAACUCACAAAUAAACUGUUUCUCUUUAAUACACCCAUUUUCCUGUAAGGCAGAGCAGGAUGAGAUAAAGAUGCCCAUAUGAACAACUAAUUAUAAGACAAUGUUACCAAUUUUAAAAUAUAUAUAUGUUCAAUAAAAAAGGUAAAUUAAUGUUAAAAAAAAUGAUAAACUAUUUUGAAUGCAUGCUGAGUUCAAUAACGA